AUGAUACUGAUUGAGAUUUUACUUGGAAAUCGCACCGGCUCUGCAUCCUCGUCGUUACUGACCAUUUGCGCGAAAGAGUUGUUGAAAUGCGCUGACCCGCGUGGUCAGAAACGAGCUCGAAAGCUCGGGCGCGCGAGUAGCCGGGGGCUGGAGGCCCCUAUCGUAGUAUAUAACGACCGCGCGCGAUGUAUGUACCGCACGCGAUUGUCCCUUACGGGCAUCGCUACGCCCAUGGACAAACGCGCCCCGCGCCGUUCGCACCGUUGUUCCAACAAACCUGCUGUGCGUCGAGCCUUUUCUCUUCUUCUACUCGAAUAG